CAGAUGCGAGUAGUAACUGAACAUGCCAGACGAUGACAGCUAAAACCACAAAACUGCUAGAGGACCAUUGAGAAAAGGAGUUUCUUUCCCAGGGUGACCUCAGCUCACCCACUCACAAUUCUGGUUAUCAAAUGCGCUCAGCUUAAUAAUGGUGCACAAGAAGGAAGUACAUAAAUAAAUAGAAAAAAAAUAGAAAAAACCAAGAUGAGGACAAAGAGGUUUUGUGUCGGGUGAAGUCCACGGGGAGACUGGAAGGAUGGAUGAAGGAACCAAAAGCAUGAUUGUGUUCUUUCUGCUCUUCGUUUUUUCAGGUAAGCCAGCAGAGGGUCAGAGUCUGUUGGAUGUGUGCUCAACCUGCCAUGCUAAUGCCACGUGUGACGACAAGUCAGAUGGCUCGGGCAAAGUUUGUAACUGCAAGUACGGCUUUGUUGGAAAUGGAAGAACCUUCUGUCAAGACAAAGAUGAGUGUCAGAUAGGAUCCACUAAGAUCUGUGGCCAGCACACCACUUGUCACAACACUUUUGGCAGCUACUACUGUACUUGUCUGGCCGGCUACAGCCCUUCUAACAACAUGGCUGUUUUCAUCCCAAAUGAUGGCACCCACUGCCAGGACAUUGAUGAGUGCGGGAUCACAGGGCAGUGUGGAGAGGGGGCUCAAUGCAGGAAUCUUGAGGGCAGCUUUGACUGCAGCUGCCAGGUUGGAUACAAAAUCCACAAUGGAGUAGAACCCUUUAACCCACUGAGAGACAAAGCUUCCUGCAAAGUUGUUAACUGUGGCCCACCUGCACUACUGGAGGACACAGUGCUAGUGUCAGUCACAGGAACUACGUACAGCAGCGUGGCCACAUUCAUCUGCGAUGAAGGCUUUGUGUGGAGGAGGGGAGACAACAGCUCUGUGUGUGGUGCUGAGGGGCUGUGGAGCAAACCUAACAUGGUCUGUGAAGAGGUUGACUGUGGUUCUCCACCUGCCGUCCCUCACUCACGCUUGCUGUGGAAUAAAAGCACAAGGAUGGGCACUGAGGUGGUUUAUCAGUGUAACUCUGGAUAUCAUAAUGUUGGAAAGGGAAAUGUCUCUAUCUGCACUGCAGCUGGACAGUGGGCGGGUCCAUCUGUGCUCUGCCGAGAGAUCUUGUGUGGAAAUCCUCCUGUAAUUGAAUUCACUGGGCAGGUGUGGAGUUAUAACUCCACACCUGGCAGCACUGUGCUCUAUUUCUGUAAAGACGGCUUUUAUAACAAAGGAGGAAAUAAUGUAUCCACCUGUCAGGAAAAUGGUCAGUGGACAUCCCCAACUUUGUCAUGCCAAGAGAUAUUAUGUGGGAAUCCUCCAAAUCUGCCUCACACUGGGCAAGUGUGGAAAGGUAGCUCCACCCCAGGAAGCACUGUAAUUUACUACUGUAAAAAAGAAUUUUAUCACAGUGACGGAAACAAUGUUUCAGUGUGCACAAUUAAUGGUUACUGGACAAAACCAGAUAUCUCAUGCAAAGAAGUUGACUGUGGCAAGCCCCCACUCAUCCCUAAUUCAGUCAUGCACUGGGAUAAAAUUUCCACUGUGGGCUCAAAGGUUAUUUAUCAGUGUAAACCUGGAUAUCUCAAUGCUGGAACAGGGAAUGUAUCUGUUUGUAGUGCCAGUGGAAAAUGGGAUGGAGCAUCUAUCCUUUGUCAAGAAAUCAACUGUUGGGAGCCUGUUUUAAAACCCAAUGCUAAAAUGUUAUGGGAUGGCACAUCACGCAUUGGUAGUGUGGUUUAUUACCAGUGUGCAGAGGGAUAUUACACCAGGAGCCUGAGAAACUACUCAGUAUGUGGAGAAAACGGACUAUGGGAGGAUAUUGAUCUGUGGUGUGAAGCUAAAUGUGGCCCGGCUCCUUUUCUUGCCAACUCAGAGGUGGUGUGGCAUAAUAGAAGCGUUGUGAUCCACCGCUGCGUGGCAGGAUAUCACAGCUGGAGGGGAAGCAACGUCUCUGUGUGCGGGAGCUCCGGGGAGUGGCAGAAAGCUACUCUGAGAUGCAUAGAAAUCAAACCACCUAUCAAUCACCUGCUUAUUUUUAAUGAAAGCUGCCUGCAGUGGAAAGCAGAAAAGUACGAGGAGGACACAGAGGUUUACAAGGUGACUUACACUGGAUCCAGGGACUACCAGAGAUCCUUUUAUGACAAAAGGAAGAGAUUUCUGAGCUCCAAAGCAGACCAGCUGAAGCUCUGCCUUGGCUUGCUUCCAGUCACAAACUAUAGCAUCACCGUCACUGCAACAUCUGCCAGGUUCACAGCCUCUGUCACCACAAACACCAGUCUACCAGUACCUCCGGGACCAGUUGUCUACUACAGGGAAUUUGACACUCCUCUACCAACGUUGAGUCUACGCAGAUCACCCAACACACUGGACUUAAUAAGUUUGUACCAAGUGUUUGUACUUCCUGUAGAGGGGUUUAUGAUGUUUAACUGUUCCUCUCCUGCAAUCGCGCCGCCUUUGAGCACACUUAAGUCACCAGCGGAGUACAUCGCUGCUCAGUUUGAAGUCCAUCGUGUUGGAACAGAGAUGAAUCUCACUAUAGGAGAUGGGCUGCUCUAUGGUGGCUUUUAUAAUGCACCACUGGAGAGUGGCAAGAACUAUUAUAUCAUUUUACGGGCUGUCAGUCAGUGGAAAUCGGCCUUAAAAAGUUCCUGUGUCCUGUGGGCUAAAGUAACAGCUACAUCGUACGCUCUGAGGGUUUCAUCGCUGUCUGCUGUAGCUACUAUAGGGCUGGUUGCCGUGGUUAUUUGGGGAGGCUACAGUAUCUCCUGGUGUUUCAAGAAGACAUGAUGCUCCCGAGUGCUGACGUGCUCUAAUACUGUCCUGAGUUUCUAGCAGUACAUUUUGUAAAUAGUUAUUAUUUUAUAUUAAAUAUUAUCACCAUAUUAAACUUAUUAAAAUCAUUUUUUGA